GCCGCCGCCUCGUCGUCCUCGUCCGCCAAGGAGCUGUCCUGCCAGGAGAUCACGGUGCCGCUGUGCAAAGGCAUCGGCUACAAUUACACGUACAUGCCCAACCAGUUCAACCACGACACGCAGGACGAGGCGGGGCUGGAGGUCCACCAGUUCUGGCCCCUGGUGGAGAUCCAGUGCUCGGCGGACCUGCGCUUUUUCCUGUGCAGCAUGUACACGCCCAUCUGCCUGGAGAACUACAAGAAGCCGCUGCCGCCCUGCCGCAGCGUGUGCGAGCGGGCCAAGGCCGGCUGCGCGCCCCUCAUGC